AUGAAAUGGCUAGUGAUAAUAGUACUCCUCCAACUGCUGGAAAAAAUAAAGUGCGAGCAGUCCUAUGAGGUUACCAAUGAAAGGUUGGAGCCUUUCGAGGGCGAUUCACAAACUUUAGUGCUCUUCGAUGGACUGAAAACGAUUGGCCGGGAGAGAGCUCUUAACGGAUCCUUCAAAUUCCUCGGUGAGAUGAACAAUGAUGACUUCAAGGUAUCCGUGGAGCUCUAUUCAAGCCCCAAUGGCGAUGGGGAAUUCAAGAGGAUGGUCAUGGAUGUGCCGCAAACUAGCAUUUGCGAGUGCUUCAAAAAGUUCUAUGUCCAGUUUGUGCAACCCUCUCUGAAGACUGGAGAAACCACAAAUUUCCCCGUUGUCGACGAUGACUUUUGCCCAGUGCCCGAAGGCGAAUUCUACGUUAAGAACGUCAUUUUGAAUACGCAAGAUUGGCCAUCGCAGGUGCCUCGAGGGAUUGUCAAGGCCAUUAUAACAUUCUUCAGUGGUGGCAAAAAUGUUGGCGGCCUAAUUGUAGAAGUCAAAAUUGAAGAUCGACAAAGUUAGAGUCAUGGCAGCAAUGCAAAUUUUGUGAGAAUCGUCACAACGAACAGUUUUUAGUAUUCAUGAAAGUAAUAGAAUGUAGUUUAAAUGUUUUACACAAUAUUCUAUAUAUUCUAUAACAAAAUAAAUGUCUUUGAACGUUGAACG